GCGAUCCCGGCCCUGGCACCCUCGGGGCGCGCCUGGGCCCCGGCACAGCCUCGGCUGAGUGCCGCAAAAGUCAUGUUAUGGGCAUGUUUUAGAAACGCUUUUCUUGCUCAUUGUCCACUGUGCGCGGUUGCUUUGCACAUUCGCUCGUGGCUGCAGAACGUCCGCUUUCGCUGUUGGGCAGAAGCCCCUGCGUGGUUGGGGCGGUUGGCUCCUCGGCCCUCUCCUACCUGGCGGCUCCGUGACGGCUGCCGAGCAGCCUCGGUCCCCACCCCGCGGCUCGCAAUGGCCUCGACCCUUGGAGAGCUUGACCCAGACGUUCCCUUCCCACAUGAGCGGCGCUGCUCUUUCCCGGCUCUUCGGCGCGGGCCGCCUUCCCUCCCUUCUGCUCUUCUCCCAUCCCCGGUAGCACCGUCCGCUCCCGCAGUUAGCCGGCUCAGCGCUGCCCUCCCGGGCCUCUCCGCCGAGAGCUGCCUGCGCCUGCCCGCCAGGCCCGCUCCCCUCCCUUCUCCCUUCUCCGUCCGAGUUUACCUUACUCUCCCGCCCGCUGGGCCAGAAACAGGCUGUCGUUCGUAACUCCUUUAUUUUAAUCCUACCUCAGAUCCCUCGGCGGAUCUGACGGUUCCACUUACAAAGAGAGAAGUCUGGAGCUGGCCCAGCUUCCGCACUAGGCAGGACCCUCCCACGGGCUCCGCUUCCAUUCUUUCUCCCCAGCUCGCUGCCCACCUAGAGGCACCUCUCCGUCUUCAUGCUCUAGGACCCCCUCGCUCGAGAAGCUCCACCCUCAGCUUGUUUGUUCCUCCAAGUUCAUGCCGACUUAAAGGCGAGCUGUUGAGUUGUUGUUCCUGUGCCCCGAACUCUCUUCCCCGGCCAUCAAACAGCUGCCUGCCUCCCUCAUCAGCUCCCUCAUCAGCUCCCUCAACCUCCAGCUUGGACCGCACCCCAAGGCAGCCCCCACCCCGCUGUCCUUAGUGUCCACAGUACCUCAGUUUUUCCUGGCAGCCCCCAUAGCACCCUGUGUGUUCACCACUGUUGAGCUCGGGAGAGCUCUUCGUGGCGCCCUGGGUCUCCAGGACCUGGUGCUUAGGGGCUGUCUUUUUUGUUGUUUUUUGUUUGUUUGUUUGUUUGUUUGUUUGUUUUGAGACAGGGUCUUGCUUUGUCUCCCAGGCUGGAAUGCAGUGGCUCAGUCUUGGCUCAUUGAAACCUUCACCUCCUGGGUUCAAGCGAUUCUCCUGCCUCAGCCUCCUGAGUAGCUGGGAUUACAGGUGUGUGACACCACGCCCAGCUAAUUUUGUAUUUUUAGUAGAGACGGGGUUUCACCAUGUUGGCCAGGCUGGUCUCGAACUCCUGACCUCAGGUGAUCCGCUUGUCUUGGCCUCCCAAAGUGCUGGGAUUACAGGUGUGAGCCACCACACCUGGCUUAGGGGCCAUCUUUGAGUCGGCCCUGGCUCUGCUCCCCAGGUCUCAGUGCUGUGGCCGCCACAGAGCCUAGAGGAUGUUUCACGGGAUCCCAGCCACUCCGGGCAUCGGAGCCCCUGGGAACAAGCCAGAGCUGUAUGAGGAAGUGAAGUUGUACAAGAACGCCCGGGAGCGGGAGAAGUACGACAACAUGGCAGAGCUGUUCGCGGUGGUGAAAACAAUGCAAGCCCUGGAGAAAGCCUACAUCAAGGACUGCGUCUCCCCCAGCGAGUACACGGCAGCCUGCUCCCGGCUCCUGGUCCAGUACAAAGCUGCCUUCAGGCAGGUUCAGGGCUCAGAAAUCAGCACUAUUGACGAGUUCUGCCGCAAGUUCCGCCUGGAUUGUCCACUGGCCAUGGAGCGGAUCAAGGAGGACCGACCCAUCACCAUCAAGGACGACAAGGGCAACCUCAACCGCUGCAUUGCCGACGUAGUCUCGCUCUUCAUCACGAUCAUGGACAAGCUGCGCCUGGAGAUUCGCGCCAUGGAUGAGAUCCAGCCCGACCUGCGAGAGCUGAUGGAGACCAUGCACCGAAUGAGCCACCUCCCGCCCGACUUCGAGGGUCGCCAGACAGUCAGCCAGUGGUGGGUGUCCCUCCCCGCCAGCCAGACAGUCAGCCAGUGGUGUGAGUCCCUCCCCGCCAGGCAGAGUCCCCGCGGUGCCCCUGAGACUCUCCCCGCCAGGCAGACCCCCGCGGUGCCCCUGAGGCCCUCCCUCCCCACAUGCCCCGUGCUGCACUCCCAGGCUGCAGACCCUGAGCGGCAUGUCGGCAUCAGACGAGCUGGACGACUCACAGGUGCGUCAGAUGCUGUUCGACCUGGAGUCAGCCUACAACGCCUUCAACCGCUUCCUGCAUGCCUGAGCCCGUGGCGCCAGCCUCUGCACGGAAGGGCAGAGUCUGAGGCGAUGACUCCUGGUCCCCUAUCCGCCACACAGGCCCUGGUCAUCCACACAACUCACUGUCUGCAGCUGCCCAUCUUGUGUCUGUCUUUGGUGUCAGGACUUUGGGAGCCGGGCCCCUCCCCACAAUAAAGAUACUCCUGUGACCCUC